AUGAAGGAAGCCACUGAUAACGUCUCUCUGGACAGUGCUGGCUGGAGCCAGGUGGCAUGCAAGGGCUUGCCGGCUCAGGAUACUAUUUUUUGCUCUGAAGAAGAUAACAGUCUGUAUUUCACAUACAGUGGAAAACCAAACGUUCUCGAGGUCAAAGAACUCAACUACCAGGUUAACAUGGCAUCCCAGAUUCCCUGGUAUGAAAACCUCGCGCACAUGAAAAUGCCAUGGACCUGGAAAUCGGAUCCCCGUUCUCAUGUAUCAAUAAUUCAGAAUCUGAAUUUAAAAGUUCAGAGUGGUCAGAUGCUAGCUAUUAUAGGAAGCACCGCUGGUGGAAAGACAUCUUUGCUUGAUGUGAUAACUUGCCGGGAUCAUGGAGGCAAAAUCAAGUCUGGUCAAAUCAUGAUCAAUAACAAACCAAGCACUCCCCAUCUUGUUAAGAAAUGCAUCGCACACGUGCGUCAGGAUGACCGACUGCUCCCCCACCUGACUGUCAGAGAAACGCUAUUGUUCGUUGCCAAACUGCGCCUUCCAAAGUUUUUUUCAGACUCACAAAGGAAAAAAAGGGUAGAAGACGUUAUAGCAGAACUACGCUUGCGUCAGUGUGCAAACACCAGGGUAGGGAACGAGUACCUCCGCGGUGUUUCGGGAGGCGAGAGGCGGAGAGUGAGCAUCGGUGUGCAGCUGCUCUGGAAUCCAGGAAUACUCAUACUCGAUGAACCCACAUCUGGACUGGACAGUUUUACUGCACAUAACCUUGUGAUAACAUUAUCCAGACUGGCCAGAGGAAACAGAUUAGUUCUUCUUUCACUUCAUCAGCCCCGGUCAGAUAUCUUCCAAUUGUUUGAUUUAGUUCUUCUGAUGACUUCUGGAGUCACUGUCUAUUCUGGAACAGCUCGAGACAUGGUUCCGUAUUUCACAGAACUAGGCUAUCCCUGCCCAAGGUACAGCAAUCCUGCAGAUUUCUAUGUUGAUUUGACCAGUAUUGAUAAACAGACUGCAGAAAAGGAGAUGGAAAGCCGAGAAAGAGCAAAUACUCUUGCCAACUUGUUCCUAGAAAAAGUCAAAGAUUUUGAUGAUUUCUUAUGGAAAGUUACUGAAGAAGAUAAUGUUGCGACCACAUUCAGCAAGCAAAGGUCUGAUUUAAACUCAGAAGAGGCUAUCAACAUGCCUCACCAUUCAAGUGAUCAGUUACCAGGAGUCUUAAAGCAGUUCAGGAUAUUAUUAAGUCGUCAAGUCUCCAAUGACUUCAGAGAUCUUUCAACGUUACUAAUCCAUGGAUUUGAGGCUCUUCUCAUGUCAUUAUUAAUUGGAUUUUUGUACUAUGGCCAUGAGAAAACCAGACUCUCUAUUCGUGACACAACAGCAUUGUUGUACAUGAUAGGUGCACUAAUCCCAUUCACGGUGAUUUUGGAUGUUAUUGCCAAAUGUCAUUCAGAAAGAGCCAUGCUUUAUCAUGACUUGGAAGAUGGAAUGUACUCUGUUAGCCCAUACUUCUUUGCUAAGGUAACUGGUUUUUGUUGUUUCGAGAUUAUAAUUCAACUUAUUUUUCUGUUUGGUUUUUUUUUGGUUUUUUUUUUUUCCUCCCUUCGGCUGGCUGUAUACAGUGCCCGCACGAUGGCACUUUGGAUGGCAGCGCUGCUGCCAACGUUACAGCUCUCGGCCUUCUUCAGCAACGUCCUUUUUACAUCAUUCUACCUGAGUGGUGGUUUUGUGAUAAGCCUGGAAAACCUCUGGACGGUUCCAUUUUGGUUUUCUAAAAUCUCUUUUCUCCGAUGGAAUUUUCAAGGCAUGAUGCAAAUUCAGUUCACUGACCUCAGAUACGAAAUGACUGUUGGAAAUACUACAUUUCAAAUACCAGGGAAACUUGUCAUUCAGGCCCUGGACCUGGACUCCCAUCCUCUCUAUGUAAGCUACCUCGUCCUCGCUGGUAUCAUUUGCAGUUUCCUGCUUUUGUACUACUUAUCCCUGAGGUUCAUCAAGCAGAAGUCAAAUCAAGACUGGUAA